AUGCGUCCCGAGAUCCCAAUUCUAUCUUUUUUAAGCAUCAUCUCUCUACCCUUGCCGCUGUUCUACUACUUGCGUAGUGGCAAUGUUGCAAUGGUCGCUCACAUCCUGUGGCUGUUGUGUCUCGAUAUCACCUACGCCGUUGACGCGAUUGUAUGGGCCAACAAUGUGGACAAGGUUGCCACCGUCUGGUGUGAUAUUACGACAAAGCUCAUGGUUGGAUGGCCUACCGCGUUGGCUGCUACGUGUCUCGCGUUCUGUAUGAGGUUGGCGAUGCUAGUGUCCAAGGCCGACGAGAUAACCCCGACUGAAGCGUAUCGGCGUCGGCGCCAUACGCAAUAUCGAGAAGCAGCACUAUGUCUUGGUCUUCCUCUCGCCAUUAUGGCCAUCCACUGCGCGUUUCAGUCUCGCCGUUUCGCCGUCAUCGAAGACUUCGGUUGUCGACCAUCAACGUUCGUCACGUCCUUGUCAAUUCUUUUCAUCUGGUGCCCCCCUCUAGUCUUGGCACUCCUCACCAUUGUCUACGCUGGUUUGUUGUUCAGCCUACGGAUGUAA